AUGCCGAACGACUUCUUCAAUGUUUCCAUACAUUCGCGUACUUCCUGCUCUGUAGUGCAAGCAACAGUCGACAAGUGCGCGCUCGCGACAAUACCAACGUACGACCAUUCCCAUGGUACGACCCUCUCUUCGACGCUGUACGAGCUCCCCUUCCCUACCCAUUCCAUGCUUAACAUCACUCUCUACAGGUCCACCCCAUGUGCAUUUACAUUCCCUAGUGCAGCGGACAACACCAUAUCGAACGGAAGCAGUGGACCGCCACUUACCCCUCUUGAGCUGAAUCUGUCCAUACGUUCCACUUCACCUUCUCUGUUCGAGCCGCCUGAAUCAACUCGUUCAACGCUCCGGAUCUCAACCUGUAUGCACCACUCACACUUGCUGCACGCUGUCGCAGUGCAGCCUCAACCUCCACAACCCACUCGACCUCAUCCCACACACACACACAAUUUGACUCACAGGUCCCGAGUGACGACCAAACGUGGUGACGAAGACUACAUCAAACGGCCCAAGGAUGUCCUGAAUCAACUCGUUCACGCUCCGGAUCUCAACCUGUAUGCACCACUCACACUUGCUGCACGCUGUCGCAGUGCAGCCUCAACCUCCACAACCCACUCGACCUCAUCCCACACACACACACAAUUUGACUCACAGGUCCCGAGUGACGACCAAACGUGGUGA